AUGUCUACUAACAAGAUCACUUUCUGUCUUAACUGGCAAGCUGCCCCAUACCAUGCCCCAAUCUACCUGGCCCAAAAAUUGGGCUACUUCAAGGAUGAGGGUCUUGAUAUUGCUAUCUUGGAACCAGGUAACCCAUCUGAUGUCACUGAACUAAUUGGCUCUGGAAAGGUUGACAUGGGUCUUAAGGCUAUGAUUCAUACUUUGGCUGCCAAGGCUCGUGGUUUCCCCGUUACAUCUGUCGGUUCUCUUUUGGAUGAGCCCUUCACCGGAAUUUUGUAUCUCGAGAGCUCCGGUAUCACUGAUUUCCAAUCCCUCAAGGGAAAGAGAAUUGGUUACGUUGGUGAAUUCGGAAAAAUUCAAUUAGAUGAGCUGACCAAGCAUUAUGGAAUGACUCCUGAUGACUACACUGCUGUUAGAAGCGGGAUGAACGUUGCUAGAGAGAUAAUCAACGGUAACAUUGAUGCUGGUAUUGGUAUUGAAUGUGUUCAGCAAGUUGAGUUGGAGGAGUAUCUGAGAUCCCAAGGAAAGGACGUUGAUGGGGCUAAAAUGCUCAGAAUUGACAAGCUGGCCGAGCUAGGAUGCUGCUGUUUCUGUACCGUCUUGUACAUUGUCAACGACAAGUUCUUGGCUGCUAACCCAGAUAAGGUCAGAAAGUUUAUGAGUGCUGUUAAGAGAGCUACUGACUAUGUUAUUCAAAAGCCAGCUGAGGCAUACGCUGAUUUCAUUGAGAUUAAGCCACUUAUGGGAACUCCUCUGAACUACAAGAUUUUCCAAAGAAGUUAUGCCUACUUUUCUGAGUCUCUUUACAACGUCCACAGAGACUGGAACAAGGUCAAUGCCUACGGUAAGAGAUUGAUGGUUUUGCCAGAAGACUUUAAGGCCAAUUAUACCAACGAGUACCUAUCUUGGCCAGAACCCAAGGAAGUCUCGGAUCCACUGGAGGCUCAAAGAAGAAUGAACAUCCACCAAGAACAAUGCAAGUGUAAUCCAUCUUUCAAAAGACUGGCUCUCACUGGUCUUUAG